UUUUGUCAAUUCGACACUAAAUUUUACCUCUUUGUCGAACCCUCGUUUUGAUAAUAAUUAUUUAAUCUUUGAUGAUGUGAGGAUAAAGGCUAGAUAAUAAAGACACUGCUAUUUGCAUUUUCUUCGGACUUCAGCUUGAUUUUUCUCCCUGUGCGCAAAAAGACUAGAGCGGACGCAAAUCUACUUUGUCUAUCUUCAGUAAUCUUCAGCACAUGCCUUAUUAUGUAAACAGUACUGUAUAGUGUGAGCAUAAAAUCUGCUUUGUGGAGCAUCGUAAUAUCGUGGGAGGAUGUGUCUCCAGAUGCAAUAAAAAAAUACUUGGCAUAAUUUAGGCCAGCUACCAUAUUUCAUGAUGAGGAUGAUAAAGAUGAUACCCGCGAAUUUGAAGGUUUUUGGACAUCACAAACUAAAGCAAUGGGUAAUAUAUCCUCAUCUGUGAAUGCAACAACUACAGUGCCUCCACUAACACAAACUUUAAAUAAAGAUAUGGAAAGUAAAGGUCACAUACCAGAAAACAUAGGAGGUGCUGCUGAUAAAUUAGGUUCCUGUCCUUAUAAACAUAAUGAGAAGGAAAUGCCACAAGCAAAGAGUGAAUGUCCUGUUACUGGAACUUCUGAUGAUGAUGUCAACCCCUACAAUAUGAUGCCGCCUAUGAAUCAGAAUCCAGCUCCUGAUCAACCAUUUCCUUUAUCCAAAGAUCGUGAAGCAUCAACUAUUCCUAAAGCUGGAUCUGAAAAUGAGGUUUGGGUGUAUCCAUCUCAGCAGAUGUUUUGGAAUGCAAUGCUUCGAAAAGGCUGGAGGUGGAAGGAAUCUGAUAUUUUCCCUAAUGAUAUGGCUCACAUUAUCCGAAUUCAUAAUGUAAAUAAUGAAGCCGCAUGGCAAGAAGUUCUUAAAUGGGAAGCAUUACAUGCUAAAGAGUGCUGUAAUCCUAAAUUAAAAAAGUUUGGUGGAAAAGCUAAAGAUUAUUCACCUAGAGCUAGAAUACGAAGUUUUCUUGGGUAUGAAUUACCAUUUGAUCGUCAUGACUGGAUUGUAGACAGAUGUGGCAAAGAAGUCCGUUAUGUUAUUGACUAUUAUGAUAGUGGUGAAGUAAAUGUACAAAAUGGAAGGUUUGCGAUACUGGAUGUUCGACCUGCUUUAGAUUCAUUUGGUGCUGUAUGGGAUCGUAUGAAAGUGGCAUGGUGGCGCUGGACAGCUACAGAAUCUGCAGAGUCUUAGGAUAUUUAUAAUUGAAAUAGGAGCAAAUUUAGUCAUUUGUAAAUGAUUCAAAUUUUAGUUUUAGGUAAAUUAUUGAAAGACAUGAAGUUUUCUGUUUAAAAAUAUAGAAAAUUCUAGAAAUAUAUAGAAAUAUAUUUAAAUAUUUGAUAAAAUUUUAAACUUAAGUUUUUUUUUUUUUUUUUUUUUUUUUUUUUUUUUUUUUUUAAAUAAAGCAAAAGGAAUGUAGAUAAAAAUUAAUCCGUUUUCAUCUGGAAGAAAGUUUUGGUAAUAAAAGUAGUGGGAGGCUCAUAUAUCAGCUGUUGUAUUUUUUUAUGAAUGAAAUUUAUUUUCAUGUUUUACAGGCAGUCUGAGAACAUGCAUUUUAAUACAUCCUUUCAAUAGUAUGUAUGAGUAUUUAUCCUGCAUAUGAAUCUGUUACAUAAGUUAAAAUUUUGUGGCACAUUACUUUUUUUUUCCAUUUAGUUUUAGUUAUGAAUUUUUUCUGUGUGUUUGUUUUUAUAACAAAUAAAUUCUAGAUGUAUGAUAAUAGUAGUAUGUAAAUUAAAAAUUUCUUGUCAUCCAUUAAAUCCAUUGUCAGAAACAAUUUAUUUGUUGAAAUUCUGAUUUAUUGUAGCUUCUUAAUGAAUGGAUAUUAUUUUAAUUUCCACAUUGAUCAUAAAUGCAUGUUGUAUUAAACUUCAGUCUGUCUUAUAUGGUAUUCACAAUUAAAUAUCAAAUUUUAAUUUAUGCUGUACAAUUUAUCUCUUGUUCUUAAGCAAUUAAGAAAAAUCAAUGGCUAAGCUUUUGCUUACGGAUAUAUAAGAUAUUUUUUAAUUAAUUUGUUAUAUUUAUUUAUUUUCUGAAUAGUUUUUAAAAAAAUAUGUGCAAGUUACUUAGAAAUGAAAUUUUGUAAUUAUCUUUAAAAAGGGGGGGAAUAAGAUUUUAAAAUUGAGACAGUUUUAGUUAUGCUUAAGAACUCAUAGUUUUUAAUAUACAUUGUUUUUGAAAUAAAAGGCUGUCUUUAUAAAAUAUAGUAGUAUUUUAUAGUAGUAUUUGUUAUGAAUUAUUAUUGCUGUAAUGAAGUAUAAAUUUUCUAGGAUAACUAUUUCUUUUUUUAUAGAUGAACUUUGUGUAGUCAACCUCCUUUCACUGUUGAAUCAUUGUACAUGUAUGGUUUGUAUUUUUUAGCAGUGAAUGAAACAAGCAAAGUGGUUCAGUUCUUAGUUUAUUUGCAUAGAAUUCUUAAAUAAAUGUUUUAUAAUAUCAUAUAAUUGGAAACACUGGGUAUAAUUUCUUAAUAUCUACACAAUAACUGAAAUCUGUUAAAAUAACAUGCCAAAUAAUAAUUAUGAGAGGUGUUAAGGCAACAAGAAUCAACAUAAUAUCCAUAAAUUUUGCAGCACUAGUUGCAAAGGUAAUCUAGAACUUUCUUUUUCAGCUGCAGAAGUGCAAGUGAUGAAAGAUAUAACAUUCUAUAUUUAAAGCUAGUCCUAUAAAUUUAUGAAUACGAUGCUGAUUCUUGAUGUCAUAACGCUUCCAAUAAUAGUUAACAUACUAAAAAAAAGUUUAAAAUUUUGCUUGUAAUACAUAUUAAAAUGUAAAUUUUGUAAUACAAUUUAAAAAAAAGUUAAUAAAAUUAGUCAUUACUAUA